CUAUAUCGUUCUUUUUGUUAGCGUUGACCAAUUAAACAACCGGUUAUGUAUAUCUCGGUUCAGAAAACUUAACCGGUUUAACAAAUAGCUAAUGUUCCGAUUAAUUUACAUUACUUCAGAACGAAUCGAACUUUGUAAAACGAAGAUCGAUUACAAAUUGAAAGAUACAGCCUUAAUUUGGCAUUAAAAAGUUCAAUGGUCCCCGGUUCGGUAUUAAAUAACCGGGUACGUACAGACUCACCGGUCACCAACCUGUAAACCGUAUAAAGAAACAAUAGAGUCGCAUCAGUAUCUUCCCUCGUCACUUUCACCCACUUUAAUAUGCCAAAAAAUAAGAACAAAAUUAUAUCCGUUGCUUGAAAAUCACAAGCUCUUCUUAACUUCACAAGUGCUUCAAUGGCGGUUCUUCACAUUAUCUUCACUGCGUAAUUGAAGAAGUUGUUCUCUCUUCCUCUUAAUUUCGAGUUGUGUUCUUAAAAAACUCCAGAGCUGAUUCGAUUCUCGAGAAGAAACUAAGCCGACAAUAAAGUUCAGAUCUGGAAAAAAGCGAGCUCCAGAUUACAAAAAGAAACAGCUCGUUUUUUUCACUUUCAAAAAAAUGGAAGCUUUGAGGAUUUAUCUAUGGAGUCUCUGUCUCUCUCUGUGUUUGAUUAUCUAUGGAGCAAACUCAGAUCCAUUAGAAGACAAACGCGCAUUGCUUGAGUUUCUUACCAUUAUGCAACCAACUCGUUCACUCAACUGGAACGAGACUUCUCAAGUCUGCAACAUCUGGACCGGAGUUACUUGUAAUCAAGACGGAUCUCGAAUCAUAGCCGUUAGAUUACCAGGCGUUGGACUCAAUGGUCAGAUUCCUCCAAACACUAUAAGCAGACUCUCAGCUCUCAGAGUUCUUAGUCUCAGAUCCAAUCUAAUCUCCGGCGAGUUUCCUAAGGAUUUUGUUGAGUUGAAAGAUUUGGCCUUUCUUUAUCUUCAGGAUAACAACUUGUCUGGUCCUUUGCCAUUGGAUUUCUCUGUUUGGAAGAAUCUCACUAGUGUUAAUCUCUCAAACAACGGGUUCAACGGGACAAUCCCGAGUUCGUUGUCUCGUCUUAAGCGGAUUCAGUCGUUAAAUCUUGCUAACAAUACGCUUUCUGGUGAUAUUCCUGAUCUGAGUGUGCUCUCUAGUCUGCAGCACAUUGACUUGUCCAACAAUUAUGAUCUUGCUGGACCGAUACCAGAUUGGCUUCGAAGGUUCCCGUUCUCGUCUUAUACAGGCAUUGAUAUUAUUCCUCCUGGUGGUAACUACACCCUCGUUACGCCGCCACCACCUAGCGAGCAGACUCAUCAGAAACCGUCGAAAGCUCGCUUCUUGGGACUAUCCGAGACGGUGUUCUUGUUGAUUGUUAUUGCUGUUUCCAUUGUGGUGAUUACGGCUUUGGCGUUUGUGUUGACUGUUUGUUACGUAAGAAGGAAGUUAAGACGCGGUGAUGGGGUCAUUUCGGAUAAUAAGUUGCAGAAGAAAGGUGGGAUGUCUCCUGAGAAAUUUGUUUCUCGGAUGGAAGAUGUGAACAACCGGUUAUCGUUCUUUGAAGGAUGUAACUACUCUUUUGAUCUUGAGGAUCUAUUGAGAGCUUCUGCUGAGGUUCUUGGUAAAGGCACGUUUGGCACGACGUACAAAGCAGUUCUUGAAGAUGCAACUUCUGUUGCUGUGAAACGUCUUAAGGAUGUUGCGGCUGGGAAACGUGAUUUCGAGCAGCAGAUGGAGAUCAUUGGAGGUAUUAAGCAUGAAAACGUUGUGGAGCUUAAGGCAUACUAUUACUCUAAAGACGAGAAGCUAAUGGUUUAUGACUAUUUCAGCCGAGGAAGUGUGGCUUCUUUGCUUCAUGGUAACAGAGGAGAAAACAGGAUUCCUCUAGACUGGGAAACAAGAAUGAAAAUAGCUAUUGGCGCAGCUAAAGGGAUUGCUCGUAUCCACAAAGAAAACAAUGGAAAACUCGUCCAUGGGAACAUCAAAUCUUCGAAUAUAUUCUUGAAUUCCGAGAGUAAUGGCUGUGUCUCUGAUCUUGGAUUAACUGCUGUAAUGAGUCCCUUGGCUCCACCGAUAUCGAGGCAAGCUGGUUACCGUGCACCAGAAGUAACCGACACAAGGAAGUCUUCUCAAUUGUCAGAUGUUUACAGCUUCGGUGUUGUUCUACUCGAACUACUCACGGGAAAAUCGCCCAUUCACACUACCGCAGGGGACGAGAUCAUCCACUUGGUUAGAUGGGUACAUUCAGUAGUGAGAGAGGAAUGGACCGCAGAAGUAUUCGACAUCGAGCUUCUGAGGUAUACAAACAUAGAGGAAGAGAUGGUUGAGAUGUUGCAGAUUGCAAUGUCCUGUGUUGUGAAAGCAGCAGAUCAGAGGCCAAAGAUGUCUGAUUUGGUUAGGCUCAUCGAGAACGUUGGAAACCGACGAACCAGCAUUGAACCGGAACCCGAACUCAAACCCAAAUCCGAAAAUGGAGCCUCAGAGACUUCAACACCGAGUGAAAUUUGAAUCUAUCAAAAUUCUAACUGUUGAUUCAUCAUCCCAUAUUUUACAUAUGAAGUUUGUAUACUCCUGUGUUUAUUUCUUCUCUCUUCGGUUUAGAACCGGUUCAACAAACACAUUUCUGUUUAGGAAUUCUUGGUUUUCAAAAUUCGCUAUGAAAUAGAUUCAAAUUUCUGAUUCACAAG